UAUAAAUAAAUCGGUCUGCUUCUGGUCGGGGAUGCUGCUGCGUUAAUCGCGCUCGAUUCCCCCGUACGAGUGCUGAGCCACAGAUGACGGGAAACACGCCACCGAACGCCGUGUACAUCGUGAGGCGGCACUAAGGGAAAGAAAUGGACGUUUUAUGAUAAUUGUCCGGUAAAUGCUAUGUUUUAUAUCUAAGGCUUUUGUUUCCCCCCUCAAUUGUCUUAAUAUUAUUUAGCUGCUAUGAUAUGCAGCUCUGAAUGUACUGGGCUCUACGAGAUUUAUGCAACGUGCGCUUGCAUCCGUUCAUGAAAACGAAUAAAUCAGCCGUCGAUUGUUCGGAAUUUCACAAAAAUCAUGUGGAUGCCGACGGAGGAAGAGAAAUUUGGAGUUGUCAUCUGCAGCUUCCGAGAUUCUGUGUUCCAGGGCCUUGCUCUGGAGAUUGGAGAGACUGUACAGAUCCUGGAGAGGACAGAAGAAUGGUACCGAGGAUUUUCCACCAGGAAGCCUUCUGUCAAGGGCGUCUUCCCAGCUAACUACAUCCAUUUGAAGAAAGCAGUUGUAUCUAACAGAGGGCCAAAUGAGAUAGUUGUGCCCCUAGAAGACCCCAUUGUCACAGAGGUGACUGCAGCUCUGCAGGAGUGGGCUGUCUUGUGGAAACAGCUGUAUGUGAAACACAAGACUGACCUGUUCUACAAACUGCGGCACGUCAUGAAUGAGCUGAUUGACCUGCGGCGACAGCUGCUAUCUGGUCACCUGACCCAGGACCAGGUCCAUGAAGUCAAGAGGCAUGCCACCAUACGUCUGGACUGGGGGAAUGAACACCUGGGCCUGGAUCUUGUACCCCGACAGGAGUUUGUCAUGGUGGAUCCAGACCAGAUCAGUGUUUCAGACCUCUACAAAAUGCACCUUUCCAGUCGACAGCGGGUCCAGCAAAGCACAUCCCAGAAUGACAGUGCACGCGUUUCUGUGCCACACCACCUCUUGGUCAACCUGAAGAGCUUCACCCACAAUACCAUCAAUGAGGACGUUGACAUCUUCUUCUCUCUGUAUGACAUCCGGGAGAGCAAGCAGAUCAGUGAGAAAUUUCUGGUGCGGCUGAACAAGAGUGGGGGUGCCAAGAACGCAGAGAAGGCUGAUCGUCUGUGCUCUCUCUUUAUGGACUUGAGCAGUAAGGACCUGAAGAGGGACCUCUAUCUUGUGGCACACAUUAUAAGAACUGGCCGCAUGCUGCUGAAUGACUCGAGGAAGGGGCCGGCCCAGGGCCAGUAUCGACGGCCCCACGGCUGCGCUGCCCUAGCCCUGAGUGAGGUGCUGCACACCAUAUCAGAGCUCAAAGAGGAGAAGGAAUUUGUCCUCAAAGUUUACACUUGCACCAAUGAAAGUGACUGGCACCAGAUUCAUGAGAGCAUCAUCCGCAAGUCCAGCGUCAAGUCUGCUGCACCCUGCAGCAGUCAUGGCCUGAUCAUCGCCCUGCAGUUCCUGCAUGGGGAGAUGGAGCAGAUCCGCCGUGAGCACAUGGCCCUCCUCAGCCGGGGAAUCAGCGUCACCCGCCAGCUCACCUUCCCGGAGAUCAUCAUGCCAGGUGACAUCCGCAAUGACUUGUACCUGACCUUGGAGCGAGGAGAGUUUGAGAAAGGAGGCAAGAGUGUACAAAAGAACAUCGAGGUCACUAUCUACGUGUUGUAUGCAGAUGGACAAAUCCUAAAAGACUGCAUCAGCCAGGGCAGUGGGGAGCCCAGCUCCUGUGAGCACCGGUCCCUUGUGUUUUACCACAACAACGCCCCCCGCUGGAACGAAAUGGUGAAACUCUCCAUACCUUUCGAUCGCUUCCGAGGCUCGCACCUGCGCUUCGAGUUACGCCACUGCUCCACUAAAGAUAAGGGCGAGAAGAAGCUUUUUGGCUUUGCCUUCACGCCGCUCAUGAGGGAAGACGGAACGACGCUGUCGGAUGAGAGCCAUGAACUCUAUGUCUAUAAGUGUGACGAGAGCACCACCUUCAGUAACCACGCCCUCUACCUGGGGCUGCCCUGCUGCAAAGAGGACCUGAGUGCCUGUCCUGGGUCCAGCACCAGCCCCACCUUCCAGCGCAGCCCCAAGGAGCUGCUCUGGGUGUCCACACAGCUGUGCUCCAGCAAACUGACGCAGAACGUGGAUGUCCUGGCCCUGCUUAAUUGGAAAUCUCACCCUGAUCGAGUGAUGGAUCUCCUGGGCCGGCUGCGCUACAUCAGCGGGGAGGAGCUGGUCAAGUUUCUGCAAAAUAUCCUGGACACAUUGUUUUCCAUUCUGGAGGAUAACACUGACAAAUAUGGCCCUUCGGUUUUCCAGUCGCUGGUUUUCAUCAUCAACUUGCUGCGCGAAGGCAGAUUCUCCCAUUUCCGCACAGUCACAGACAACUACAUCCACAAUCACUUCUCCUCAGCUAUGGCGUACAAGGAGCUGAUUCGCUGUCUGAAAUGGUACAUGGAACGUUCAGCUGAGCUGACCAGACAGGACCAUAUUCAGGAGGCUAUGAGGGCCCUGGAUUACCUGUUUAAGUUCAUCGUGCAGUCCCGCACCCUGUACUCCCAGGCCACCUGUGGCAUGGAGGAGGACCAGUUCAGAGCCAGCAUCCAGGAGCUGUUCCACUCCAUCCGCUUCGUGCUGAGCCUGGACAGCCGCAGCUCAGAACCUCUCGUGUUCACCCAGGUGGCGCUGCUGAGCUCCUUGCCAGCUGUGUUCGACGAGCUGCUGCCCGUGUUCACGGUCCAGGAGGCAGCUGAACUUGUGAGGGGCACUUUGAGCAGCAUGCCCAGCACAGUGCACAUGGGCCAGUCCAUGGACGUGGUCAAGCUGCAGUCAAUCGCCGGCACUGUAGACAGCAGGCUCUUCUCCUUCGCAGAGUCCCGGAGGGUCCUGCUACCUGUGGUCCUCCACCACAUUCAUCUUCACCUCCGCCAGCAGAGAGAGCUGCUUAUUUGCUCUGGCAUCCUCAGUAGCAUAUUCUCCUUAAUCAAGGCCAGCUCCCUGGAAACCUCGGUGCAGGAGGAGGUAGAGAUGAUGGUGGAGAGCUUGCUGGACGUGCUUCUACAGACACUGCAGGCCAUCAUGAGCAAGUCGCAGUCCCCGGAGGCCUGCAGGGGGCAGCGUUGCCCGCAGUGCACGGCUGAGAUUACUGGAGAGUAUGUGUCCUGCCUGCUCUCUCUCCUGUGUCAGAUGUCUGAUGCUCACUUCCAGCAUUUGCUGGACAGCUUCCAGAGUCAGGAUGAACUCAAGGAGUUCCUGCUGAGAAUCUUCUGUAUGUUCCGUAAUCUGAUGAAGCUGAGCGUGUUUCCGAGAGACUGGGUGGUGUUGCGGCUCCUGACCAGCCACAUCAUCCUGAAAACCACCCAGCAUCUAUCGCUUGCGUUGCGUAAGAAUUUCACAGAGGCCAGUUUUGAUUUCAAGGUGUGGAGCUCCUACUUUAGCUUGGCUGUCCUCUACAUCAGCCAGCCAAGCCUUCAGUUGGAGGCCUUCAGCCCAGCCAAGCGGAAUAAAGUCCUGGACAAGUAUGGAGACAUGAGAGUGACAAUGGCGUAUGACCUUUAUAACAUGUGGCAGCACCUUGGUGAGGACAAGGUACACUUUAUCCCCGGAACCAUCGGGGCCUUUUUGGGCGUGACAUUGGUUCCUCAAGAUGAAGUGAGGAACAUAAUGAUCCCCAUCCUCCAUGACAUGAUAGACUGGGAGCAGCGCAGGAAUGGCAACUUCAAACAGGUGGAGGCGGAGCUGGCUGACAAGCUGGACACCCUGGUGUCAGAAGGGAAGGGGGACGAGAGCCACCGAAAGCUUAUCGGCCUGCUAACCCAACUCUUUGGCCCGUAUCCCAGCCUCUUGGAACGGAUCGAGCAGGAGACCUGGAGGCAGAUGAGCAUCUCUUUCGUCACGUCUGUCAUGCGACUGACUGAGCGUGUGCUUGAUUACAAGAACUGCCUGAAAGCGGGCGAAGCGGAGAACAAGAAAACAGGCUGCACAAUCAACUUGCUGAGCCUCGGUAAGUCUGACAUGAAUAAAGAAGAGCUGUAUAUUCGCUACAUCCACAAACUGUGUAAUGCUCACCUGAAAACGGAGAGCUAUACAGAGGCUGGCUUCACAUUGCUCCUGUACUGGGACCUGCUGCGCUGGGAAGCCCGCCCACUCAGGGAGUUCCUUCACUACCCGGCCCAGAGCGAGUGGCAGCGAAAGGAGACCCUGAGCCGCAAGAUCAUCCACUACUUCAACAAAGGAAAGAGCUGGGAAUACGGAAUACCAGUGUGCCGUGAGCUGGCCUCCCAGUAUGAGGCUACCUAUGACUACCAGAGCCUGAGCUGGAUAAGGAAGUUGGAAGCAACUUAUUAUGACAACAUCCUGGAGCAGCCACGCCUUGAACCCGAGUUCUUUAGAGUGGGCUUCUAUGGAAAGAAAUUCCCUUUCUUCCUUAGGAACAAGGAGUUUGUGUGCCGGGGACAUGAUUAUGAGCGGCUUGAAGCCUUCCAGCAAAGGAUGCUGGGAGAAUUUCCAGAAGCAAUUGCCAUGCAACUCCCUAGUCAACCAGAUGACUCCGUUUUGCAAUUUGAUGGUCAAUACCUCCAAAUUUACGCAGUAACCCCUGUGCCAGAGAAUGCCGACGUGCUUCACAUGCACCGCGUAUCUGACCGCAUCAAGAGCUUUUACCGUGUCAACAAUGUGCGCCAUUUUCGCUUUGAUCGUCCUUUCCACAAGGGCAUGAAAGACAGAGAGAACGAGAUCAAGAGCCUUUGGAUUGAACGGACGACUCUGACCCUCUCUCAUCCACUGCCAAGUAUCUCACGUUGGGCCCAAGUGGAAAAGCGCGAUCUAGUGGAGGUGAGCCCAGUGGAGAACGCUAUUUCCGUGGUGGAGAACAAGAACCAGGAGAUCCGCAUGCUGAUCAACCAGUACCAGCACCGGCAGUCACACGGCAACGUCAAUCAGCUCAGCAUGUGUCUCAAUGGGGUGAUUGAUGCUGCUGUCAACGGGGGCGUGGCCAGAUACCAGGAGGCGUUUUUCGAUGAGGAGUACAUCGGGAACCACCCGCAGGAUGUAGAGAGGAUCAGCAAGCUCAGAGCUGCCAUGCAGGAACAGGUGCACAUUCUGGGAGCUGGACUGGCAGUGCAUGAGAGACUGGUGCAGCCAGAUAUGCGACCCCUGCAUAAGAAGCUGGUUGACCAGUUCUACAUGAUGAGGAGUGGCUUUUGUCGGGGGGUGCCAGGCCUAGAAAAGCUGAGCCCCACAUGCUCCAGAUUCAGCUCUCCCCGAGGCCUUGCAACAAACCCUGAGAGUAUGAGAUUGAUGCACGCGCAUGGACACAUGAACUUGCUGGGCUCCUUCCGUCAGUCGUCGUCUUCCCUGUCUUCUCACAGUUCCACCGAGAUGGGGAACCUGGCCAUCGUGACGGACAGCCUGACAAGUGAGCAAAGCGAUGACUUCAUCCGCAUGCAGCCAAGCCCCUCCUCCUCCAGCUUAAGUUCCACGCACUCUGCACCCUCACAGAUAAUCAACUCUGCUCACUCUAGUGGAAGAGGCUCCCCCUCCAUGCCAGAUAAGCACAGGAAUAAUCGGGAGCUGAUGACACUGCUGCCCCGACAUCAGGAAAGGCCCAGUAGCACCAUGUACCCCAGUGCAUUUGAGAGCGAGCAGCCCAACAAUUUCCAGCGCUCGCUAUGCCACCAGAGUGGUCCAUGUAAGCCAUGCAGUGAUCCAAACCUCUCACUGGCAGAAAGAGGACUCUUUCUGACGCACUUUGAUCCCGCCCACCCUCAUAUGAGUGAUGCCCAUCCUGUCUUCCCUGCCCGGUCACUGAGAAAGUCUCCUCUGCAUCCCAUCCCUGCCUCGCCCACAAUCCUCCACUCUGGCCUGGAUGGCAGCAACUCUACCCUGUCGGGUAGUGCCAGCAGCGGCGUGUCCUCCCUGAGCGAGAGCCAGUGUGCCCCACCGUCAGAGCCACCCGGUCGAACGGACACCUUAGAGUCCAUUCCCAGUCAGGCCUGGACUCCAGACGAGGUCACAGGGUCACCCUACCUGUAUGUUCAUUACAGCUCCUCUGAACCCGACGACAUCCACUCUGCCAAGCCCUUACCGUGCCGCAGCCACUCUGCCCCUGGGGGCGUCAACUCCGGCCCCCCACAGGAUCAUCUCUAUUACCAGAAUAAUGCCCAUCUGUGCCAUGGGCAUCAUCCCACGCUUACAUCCAAGCCCUAUUUUAGGGAGGUCUGUCGCCCUGAAGAAGGCUUUCGGCAGCAGCCAAUGCUUCUGCCAGCACCCCUGCAACACAAGAUCCCCUAGCCCCUUUCCGGGGACACAGAGACGGCUAUGGGGUUUGUGGGUGGGGCUUCAGGGGAGACACAGAGAUGGUUAUGGGGUUUGUGGGCGGGGCUUCAGGGGAGACAGACGGCUAUGGGGUUUGUGGGCGGGGCUU